AUGUUGGGGGCGUAUUACGUGAUCGGGGUGUUGGAUGUGGCUACGGAAUUCCGAAUGUACGAGAACGUCGUCCACGAAUAUCACAACAUUGGUACGGCGAUCACGAUCGGUUUCUUCUACAGCCUCAUCGCCCUGAUGCUGCUCUUCCGGCGAGCCGAACGCGCGAAGAUUUCGCGAGCAGAGAUGAAUGCCCUUAUCCAGGCUGUCCUAAUUACCCUGCCAGCACUCGGGGCAUCGUUGAUGUACGUUUAUAUGCAAAUGACGAAUGCUGGUACACUUGGCUGGGCGAUGGCCGCACAACUCAGCUGGCAGACGCUAUCCGUAGAUCGCGUUGAGACG